CACCAGCCGGGGGAGUCCGAAGGGAGACUCCGGCCGCGGCCAGGGCUCGACCACCGGGGCCCAGGCCUAAGGACGAGGCCGGGGGAAUCGAUCGCCCCGACCCCGACCCCACCACACCGCCCGAUGUCCACAAGAUGGAGGCAGCGGGGGCGGCGGCGGCGUGAAGAAGGCGGCGGUGUCCGGGUCCGGGCCGGAGCAGGAGCAGGUGCCUCGGCGGCUGCGGCGGCGACGGCGGCGGCGGCGGCGGGAUGGAGCUGCUUGUGAUCAUCGCGGUGUCGGCCCUCGUUGGCUCCUUCCUCACGCUCCUCGCCCAGUUCCUGCUGCUCUAUCAUCGGAGGCCCGUGCAGCUGGAAGCACCGUCCGCCCCCGACUGGGGGGUCCAGUACGCCACCCCGGUGCCGGGCCUUCUCCUCCGCGAGUACCUCUAUGGCGGCGGCUCGAGCCGGUUGUCGAAGCCCCCGGAGGGCAGCGGCGGCGGCAGGCGCUACUCGGUGGUGCCACGCUCCGUGGAGACCUGCUACUUCCUCAACGCGAUCAUCCUGUUCCUGUUUCGGGAGCUGCGGGACACGGCCCUGGCCCGGCGCUGGAUCACCAAGAAGAUCCGGGUGGAGUUCGAGGAGCUGCUGCAGAGCAAGACGGCCGGCAGGCUGCUGGAGGGCCUGGGCCUGCGGGAAGUGUCCCUGGGCCACGCCAUGCCCCAAAUCAAGACGGUCCGCCUCCUCCAGCCGGUGGUGCCCUCCUUCUCCGGAGACUCGGAGGCUGCCGACGGCGCGGACGAGCCCCCGGAAGCCAGCCCGGAGGAGCUCGUCUUCGAGCUGGACGUGGAGUACAACGGCGGCUUCCACCUGGCCAUCGACGUGGACCUGGUCUUCGGCAAGUCCGCCUACCUGUUCGUCAAGCUGUCCCGCAUGGCCGGGAGACUGCGGCUGGUCUUCACCCGCUUGCCCUUCACCCACUGGGCCUUCUCGUUCGUGGAGGACCCGGUGAUGGACUUAGAGGUGCGUUCCCAGUUCGAGGGGCACCCCAUGCCGCAGCUCACCUCCAUCAUCGUCAACCAGCUCAAGAAGGUCCUCAAGCGCAAGCACACCUUGCCCAACUACAAGAUCAGAUUCAAGCCAUUUUUCCCAUUUCAACUCUCACAAACCACAAAGGAGGAAAAUGAACAACAUUUAUAUAUACAACAAUAUGGACUUACAGAAGGCCGUCUUAAAAUUACCCUACUAGAAUGUAGCAGGUUACUGAUUUUCGGAUCCUAUGAAAGAGAAACAAAUAUUCAUUGUACACUUGAGUUGAGCAGUGAUGUUUGGGAAGAAAAACAAAGGAGUUCUAUUAAGACGAGAUCUGUCCCUGGAAUUAUACUUAGUAACCCUGAGCCAGUGACAAAUUAUGCAAAAGGCUGCUGGGCUGAGUUAGUCAAAGGCAACUUACAAAGUGUUGGACUUACACUUCGCCUGGUUCAGUCAUCUGAUGGAUAUGGUGGACAUGUUGUCAUUGAGACUGUGGCACCAAAUUCACCUGCUGCACUUGCAGAUCUUCAGCGGGGGGACAGACUUAUAGCCAUUGGAGGAGUUAAAAUCACAUCUACAAUCCAAGUGUUAAAGCUCAUCAAGCAAGCAGGUGACAGAGUGAUGGUGUACUAUGAAAGGCCUGUUGGUCAGAGCAAUCAAGGGCCAGUCCUACAGCAGGAUAGUUUUACACAGUUGGAAGAUAAUAGUUUUCUGACAAACCAAUAUCAACCAAAUGAUGAAGAGGACAUAGCUAGCCUUGUAGUGGAUGUCGAUAACAAAGAUCUAGAUUUAGAAUUUGAAGAUUUGGCAUGCGAUGUCAAGGUACAAAAUGAGCCCAAAGAAGAGGUUCCAUCAGUAAGUCAGAGUCCCAAACGUAGUUCAGGAGCAGUUCUUAAUAAGCCUUAUGGAUCUAUCUCACCAAUCUUAACUCGUAAAUCAGGAAGUUAUGUGACACCACGAAGUUCUGUAGUCAGAGAUACAGCCAAAUUAAUGACCCCCAAGACUCCUGAAAUUUUAGACCCAGGACAACAGUCAGCAAGAGGAUCACAAAUAUCUCUUAAGCCUUCUGUGUCACCAAGGCCAGUAUUGAAAUUUGUUCCAUCCUCUACUGAUACUCAAAGCCAGGCAGAAUCAGAUACACCUGUUGAAAAAACAGAGAAAUCACUCUCCCUUCUACAAACAGAAAAACUCUCAGAAAGGUUAAUAACAACAACUAUUAAUCAUACAGAAGAGGCAUCUAUGUCAAAGCCAACUGUGGUAAGGCAGGAAGUGGCAAAAGACCCAGUUUCAGAAAGUGCUAACAAGGACAGUGCAGAUGACCAAACAUGGGAAUCAGCAGAAAUUCUUUAUCACCAUAAAGUAGGUAAAUGGACAAGAAUAAAGGGAACUUGUAUUUUUGACAUAGAAAGCUGUCAUAAGUACCUGAAUGUUGCAGUGUGGUGCAGAGAUCCUUUCAAGGUGGGUGUUCUCAUCUGCUUAGGACAUGUUAGUAUAAAACUAGAAGAGAUUGCUUUAGGAUGUUUAGCUACUUCAAACUUGGAUUAUCUUACAAAAUUCAGAUUGAAUGCUCCAACACCCAAAGCUAUGGUUUCUAGAACAGCAUUGAGAAAUCUGAGUCUGCAAAAGGGAUUCAAUGAAAAAUUCUGCUUUGGUGAUAUUACUAUCCAUUUCAAAUAUUUGAGAGAAGGAGAACAUGAACAUUAUAUGAAUCUUAUGGAGAAGGAAAAGGAAAGCAGUUUGAUAGAGGACAUUCCUACCCUUAGUAAAGAUGACUAUAUUGUUGGACAGAUGAAUUUUGCAGAAAAUAAACAUAGUUUCCAAGACACUCAGUUCCAGAAUCCAACAUGGUGCGACUACUGUAAGAAGAAAGUUUGGACUAAAGCAGCUUCUCAGUGCAUGUUUUGUGCUUAUGUUUGCCAUAAAAAAUGUCAAGAAAAAUGCUUUGCUGAAACCCCACUUUGUGUAGGACCUGAGAAGCGAGUGGACCGGAUCUUUAAAAACUUUCGGCUCGAAGGACAAGAAAGUAUGUUGGGAAUACCUUCUAAUAAAUCAGUCGGCAAAAGUACAGGUAUAACAAGAACACUAUGGAAUACUAGCUCUCGUAUCUUAAACUUGCGUCAAGCUGCUAGAAGAAGCCAAGCUGAACAAAUUACUGAAUUAGCAGAACCCUCCCCCAAGCCAACACCAAACACCUCUGAUAAUGAAGGCAGUGAUACAGAGAUCUGUAGUCCUUUCAAACGGGGAAUCAAAUUGGCAAGAAAAGAAGGAGGCCUAGAUGACAGCGUCUUCAUUGCAGUGAAAGAAAUUGGUCGUGACCUUUAUAGGGGUUUGCCCAAUGAGGAAAGAUUCCAGAAGCUAGAAUUCAUGUUAGAUAAACUGCAGAAUGAAAUUGACCAGGAGCUGGAACACAACAACUCAAUUGCUAGAGAAGAGAAAGAGGCAACUGAUGCAAAGAAAAAGGCACUCCUUUCGACUGCUUUGACUAAAUCAGGGGAAAGACUGCAAGCUCUAACGCUUCUUAUGAUACACUACAGAGCAGGUAUUGAAGAUCUAGAACUAGAAACUCUAUCUUUAUAUCAAACCAAAAAAGUGACUACAGAAGAUGUAGAAGAAGACCUCGAUAAUGAAAUAUGUGAACUAAUGGAGGCUCAACCUUUUGAGAGCCUAUCAGAUGAAUUAUUUGACCCAUCUGAACCUCUGUAGUAGACUGUUUGCCUAUUUAACCUUCCAAACAAUUGCAGGAAAAUUACACUUACUAAAAUACAUCAGAUACCCCCUCAUUUAAACACUCUUAUAAUAUGUAUGGCCUGCUUCUCUACAUUUAUUUGCCCGUCUUAACAGCAAAAAAAAUGAUAGGUUUUUGGUUUUUGUUAUUUUUUUCCAAGCAAAAAGUAUGACCAUUUGACUUGGCUAAAUUGGUUGAUUUGGAUUGUAUUAUAACAUACUUUAGGGGUUAAUAUUGGGAAUUUAUUUUUACUAAUUUAUUUUUAACUUUUUCUAUUAUGGAAACAUUU